AUGAAUAGAUGGAGUAAUUUACCUGAAUUGCGUUUUGAUAAUGCACGUGGAAAAGCUCAUCAAGAAAUUUCACUUACAUAUGAUCCAUCCGGUACAUUAGCUUAUCAAGUCAAUCCAUCACAUUUUUCACGUGUAACACAUUUAUCUUUAUAUUUUCCUUCGAAUUUCGGUGAUGAAACAACUCGUAUUUAUUAUAUUGGUCUUCGUGGUGAAUAUCUUGGUGUAAGAAGUAAAAUCUAA